AUGCAUCAAAAUGAUAAUAUCAAACAUCGUCAUAAACUACUUCCAAAAGUCACAGAACAACUGAAAGAAUUAUCCAAGUCUGCAUCUGAAGACGGAACUCAUGGCAAGUAUACAGUGGCUGACUUAGAUAGGAUCCUAUCUAUGAACGAAAGUUCUCAUUCUGACAACGGGGCAGACAGUGAUGGAGAUUUACCAAUGCUAGAUAUGGAUGAUGAGGAUGAAAUCCAUUACGUCUCCAAUUAUUUGGCUCAUCAGAGAUUAGGUUCUAGUAAAGAAGAGGAAUUGAAUAUUGAUUCUAAUAUCCACGAAUUCACCAUCGUGAGAAAGAAAACUAUAUUUGUAGUGGAUACUAAUUUUAUCAUAUCUCAUUUGAAAACAUUAGAGCAAUUACGACUUUUGGGAGAGAAGUUACAUCAUCAGAUUGUCAUACCAAAUACUGUCAUUCAUGAGUUAGACGGAUUGAAAAAAUCUGAUAGAAUGCAAGAUGAUGGCGAAAGGGAGGCAAUUGCUAAAUUGGCCAGAUGGGGGAUUGAAUGGAUUUAUAAAAAUUUAGCAAAUAUGUCAUCCGGUGUUGUUGGACAGAAGUUGAGUCAAAGAUUAGACCCAGAUUGCGUUAAAGAUGACGCUAUAUUGGAUUGUUGCAUGUUUUUUAAACAAAAGGAAUGUUUUGUUAUCUUAUUAUCUAACGAUAAGAAUUUGUGUUUGAAAGCACUUACUGAAGGCCUAUUGACAGUUUCAUUUAGAAAUGGUAUGACUGCUGAAUUGAUAGGUUCGAAAGCAUAUGAAGAAAAUGUUGCUAGAUUUGGCAUAGAAUACACAAAUGCCACACCUGAGCCAAUUAACCAACCAGAAAAUGACAAUAGAAGUUCAUACAAAUUUCAUGUUCUCGUGGAACAUUUAUACACAGACGUGGCAUUGGCAUUAUCUAACUCACUUGAAUUAAUUUACAAUCGUGUUUUCAAUUUAACAACUUCUUGGCAAAGUUCUAUUUCUCUAGAAGAAUCUAUCGAACUUCUCUAUGACCGUUGGGAUAUCUUUGCUACUUAUUUCGCAUCAUCGAAAAUUAAACAAGCUGACUGGACUCAAUUGCCUCACUGUCUACUGAAUACACCAACAACUUUAAAAGAUGCCUAUUCCUUUUAUGAAUUCUGGUUCAGUAUAAUAGGGAGACUCAACUCUGAUAAUGGUUAUUUAUUAGCUCAACGUUUCGAAAGCUUUAAAAAUACCCUAAACUUAUGUGAUGAUAUCGUCUAA